AUGGAAUCCCUCAAAGGAAGAGCUUUGAAGGUGGGACCGGACCUGUACGUCAAAGCUGUGUUGGUAUGUGGCUUCAUGAUGCUUCAUGUGUUUGAACGAUUGCAGACCGAAGGAGCUUCGGCGACACUCUGCAGAUGUUCCCACAAGGUUAAGAACACCUUCUUGGAUGACGUUGUCCGUGAGCAGUCUUCCAAUGAGUCCACCCUUGCUGAAGCGCAGACAUGUCCCGAGUUCAGGAGCAGAAAUGAUGCAUUGUCAAGCAGUUCAGCUAGCAUCUCAGGCAGUGCGACUGCCAGUGCCACGCAGUCUGAGUUGUGCCUGGGUACUGACCCAGAGCUGAUGCACACCUUGCAGUCCUUGCCGAACACCUUGCAAACUCUGUCACCACUAUGCUCUUUGCGGUACCAAGUCGCAGAGGUCCCAGCCUCCGAAGCAGACUUCACAGACGUCGUGCCACCAAACACGAUGCCUAUGACCUUGGAGCUUUGGCCAGACCAAAUGAGCCACGAGGCCCAGCUCUUGUCCGCUCUGCAAGCAAUGCCCAAUGUAAGCAACGCGCCAUUUGGACAUUUGCUCAAUGCGUCCAAUGCACAGUCACCACUGUCACCACCACCAAGAAUUCAUGACGCCUUGGGUGCCAAUCUCAGUGCGAUGGCCGCAGUCACAGCUUUCCCAUCAGUGAUGCCGAUGCCGAAUGUGCCAAGUGUUCCUUGGGCACCCCCUGUUUUGAGCACUAUCCCACCAGCCAAUGAGUUUUUGGCACAAGUGGGGCAAAUGGAGGCCGGACAAUGCGAUCCAGAACCUGCACAACGCCCUUCACAAGAUGGCAAAGCUUUUGGUGAGAGCCAGAUCCAGAAGCCGCACGAGGCAUGUGAGGCGGAUGCACAGGAGGCACUCGAGGCAUACGAGGUCGAGGGCAAGGAUGGUCGAGACAAAGAGAAGUCUGAGAAGAAGAAGAAAAAGAACGUCUCCAAGGUUUGGUCCCAUUUCUACCUGGAGCCUACCAUGCUUCGCAGUGGAUUUGAUGUGAACAAGAAGAUCAUUGGACACGGCGGUGCCAAUACCAAGCGCAUCUUCGAGAAGACAGGAGCUUUGGGGGGCUUUGGACACUAA